AUGUGGCCUCUGAUUGCUCGGCUUAAAGGCGAAUGGUUUCCUGCUACAUUGCCGGAGAGUAGCAUGAAGAGCUUAAAUGGCUACAAGGAGAUGGACUUUAUAACUUCCUCAAGAUACUCUUUUUCACUGGAAAAAGCUUCCACUCUAGACUCUCCAAAGCCAAUAGCAUCAACACAUUGGCAGAAAUUCCAGAUGAUGGCACUGAAGAAUCCAAAAAAACUUAAACGAGAGAACGAAGUAUUCAUUAAAGAGAGCAUUCAGCUAUGGAUGGCUUGUGCUGGAUACUUAUUCUUCUCCCUUAUCUCCAUCAUUGCAAUCCCUUUGAUGUUCCCUCAGCUAAUAUGGUACUUCGUCCUCACAGCUUACCUCCUUGCGCCGUCUCUGAGUUUCUGUAACGCCUACGAGGCUGGUUUAACCGACAUGAACAUGGCUUACAACUACGGUAAAGCGGAGCUCUUUGUCAUGGCGGCAUUGGCUGGUAAAAGCGAUGAGUUAGUGGCAGGAAUGGUCGCUUGUGGUCUCAUAAAAUUGAUUGUCUCUGUCUCAGCUGAUUUGAUGCACGAUUUCAUGAUAGGACAUCUAAGGCUCACCUCGCCACGCUCGAUCCUUGUAGCACAAGCUAUCGGGACAACGAUAGGCUGCGUGGUUGCGCCGCUCACAUUUUUCCUCUUCUACAAGGCAUCUGAUGUUGGAAACCCGGCAGGAUGGUGA